AUGGCAGUACAUGAUGGGGCUUCCUCCUCCUCUACCUCUUCUUUCUCUCCAGGAUCAUCAACUAAUUACGAUGUGUUUCUCAGUUUCAGGGGUGAAGAAACACGUAAUAACUUCACUGGUUUCCUUUACAGAGCUCUGGAAAGAGAAGGAAUCGUUGUGUUUAUAGAUAGCGAAGGACUCUGGGGUGGAGACGAGAUCCAACCGGCGCUCUUUAACGCAAUCCAACAGUCCAAAAUCUCGAUUCCUGUCUUCUCUAAAGGCUAUGCGGAUAGCAAAUGGUGUCUUCGUGAACUGGUUAAGAUUGUUGAAUGCCAUAGAUCCAACCAUCAAAAAAUUCUACCCAUAUUCUUUGAUGUUGAGCCAAGAGACGUUCGCAAUCAGACUGGAAGUUUUGAAGGAUCGUUUCAGAAACACAAGGGCAAAUUUGAUGAUGCCGAAAUACAGGAUUGGAAGUCAGCUUUGUCUGUGGUAGCAGGAAAAAAGGGUUACGAGCUUGAACAAGUAAAUGGAAAUCAACCAGAGCUAGUCAAAUUAGUUGUUAAUUGGGCAUUGAGUGAAUUGAGUAGCAAUUGCUUGGGUGAUGUUAAAAAUCCUAUUGGACUAGAUGACCGUGUAGAUGACCUAUCAUCUCUGUUGAAUGGUGGCUCCAAUGAUGUGCAGAUUGUGGGAAUUUGUGGUAUCGGUGGCAUUGGGAAGACAUCUAUUGCAGUAACUCUCUAUAAUCGUAUUUUUAAAAGGUUUGAAAUGAGUAACUUUCUUGCAAAUGUUAGAGAAGAAGCAUCAGUACCAAAUGGUUUAGUUUCUCUUCAAGAAAAACUUAUUUAUAGUGUCUCCAAAAAGAAAGUUGAAAUAUGCAAUGUUUAUAAGGGACAACAAUUGGUGAAAGAAAUACUGCAAGGGAAAAAAGUUCUUCUUAUUCUUGAUGAUGUGGAUUCUUAUUCCCAACUUAAAGAUUUGGCUAUUGAAUCUAUUUUAUUUGGUCGAGGAAGUAAGAUUAUAAUAACGAGUAGAGAUGAACAUAUCCUAAAUGUAGCUAAAGUUGAUGAAAUAUACCGGCCUCCAGAACUGGAUGAUGAACAAUCUCUUCAGCUCUUUAGUUUGUAUGCAUUUUCAAGGAAAUAUCCCCCUCACAAUUUUAAGCAACUUUCCCAUGGUGUGAUACAAGUGGCGAAAGGAUUGCCAUUAACUCUAGAAGUGUUGGGUUCUUCUCUCAUUUGCGAAAGAGACAAAAAAGUAUGGGAAAGUAUGCUAAAUAGAUUGAAAAAAAUUCCUAAUAUGGAUGUCCACAAAAAGUUGAGGAUAAGCUAUGACAAUCUGGAAGAAGAUGAGAAAUCUAUAUUUCUUGAUGCUGCUUGCUUUUUUGUUGGAUGGAGGAAAGAAACUAUAAUUUCUCUAUGGGAAGGUUGUGGAUUUGACGUGAUAGCAAUAAUAAAAAAACUCACUCAAAGAUCCCUUCUACAAUUCAAGCCUAGAGGAGCCAUGAGAGAUUCCUAUGAUGUGCUUAGCAUGCAUGAUCAAAUUCAAGCCAUGGGAAGGGGCAUUGUUUCAGAAGAAAGUCGUAUGGACCCUGGGAACUCAAACAAUUGA